UCCGGAACUUCUGCCAAUGCCACUCUCAGGACUCCUUGUCUGUGUCGAAUAUGUCCUGCUCCAGCCUGUGUGCCCCUGCCUGCGGUGUGGCCGCCCCGGCCCCACUGGCUAACAGCUUCAAUGAGCCCUGCGUGCGCCAGUGCCCUGACUCCACCGUGGUGAUCCAACCCCCAGCCACCGUGGUCACCUUCCCCGGGCCCAUCCUCAGCUCCUUCCCACAGAGCUCCGUGGUUGGCUCAGCAGGAGUCCCCGCUGUUGGAUCGGGCUUGGGUGGCAGCUUUGGACGUAGUGCCGGCUUUGGGGGCUAUGGAGGCUCUUCUGGCCUUGGAGGCUUUGGGGGCUAUGGAGGCUUUGGCAGCUGUGGAUAUGGUGGCUGGCGUCGAGGCUACAGAUACCUCAGUGGCAGCUGCGGGCCCUGCUAAGUACAACACCGCCUAUGGCCCUGGUCGAAGGAGAGCUCUGGAGAAGCCCCAGCACGUCCCCACCUGAUGCUGUGAGGAAGGGCUCCCCUUCAGCCUUGCUGUGUCUGGGAUUGGAUUCCUCAUGCUUGUACGGGAACCAGCUCUUUCUUCUGCUCCCCUUGAUCUUCACUUCAGUGUUCUCUGACCCACGAUUAUGCAGCCCUGUGCUGGCUGCCUGCUACUUUCUGUCUGCCCUCUGGAAGGAGAUGGGGACAGCCUCUGGCCAGGGGCUGCCCUUCUUCUAUGUUUAUCCUCAUGCUCGGACCUGCAAUAAAAGCUCCCUUACACUGCA